AUUGACUUUCAAACUGAAACUCAUUAGAUUAUGGGCCUCGUUCUUUUUAAAUAGAAAAAUGUAAAUAAAGCAAAGGUUGAUGCAGAUUCUAGCUAGAGCACUCAGUUUGUGAAGAAUCAUCCAGUACUAGUUCAUUUCAAGCUUCUGUUGAGCCUAGCAGGACUUCUGGUGCAGACUGAAAAAUAUAUUUGGUAUCAGCUUCUUUAUAAAAAAAAAUGGAGGAAGAAAAGAAGCGGUGUCAGAAGAAGGUGAUGGUGGCCAUAGAUGAAAGGGGAUGCAGCUAUCAUGCACUCAUGUGGGUGCUCAAAAAUCUAAAAGAAUCAAUCACCAAGUCACCGCUAGUCAUCUUUGCUGCACAGCCACUUCCCGAGUAUAGGUACUUUACAUUUGCAGCAGAGCUUGGCUUCGCUCACAUGUACUGUCCGCUGUUAGCCACCUCAGAUUUGGUUGACUCUGUGAAAAAGAAAAAUAAGAAAGUGGCGCGCGGUCUCUUGGAGAAAGCUAAAGGCAUCUGUGCAAGGCAAGGGGUAAAAGUAGAGACAGUUACAGAGGUUGGGGAUCCUAAAGAGACGAUAUGCAAUGCAGUUGAGAAAUACGAAAUCAGUUUACUAGUGGUAGGCGACCAAGCUAAUGGAAUUCUCCAAAGGGCUUUUCAAGAGAGCUUAAGCAGCUAUUGUUUGAAGAAUGCCAAGUGCCCUGUUCUUGUCGUAAAUGAAUCUGUUAUACCAAAAUAAGAUUUACAUCAACAUGUUUGUUAUUAUGCUGUAUGCAAAUUAAACGAAGUAGCUGAACUUUCUUUUUAAUAGAUUAUAAAAUGUUGCGUAUUCAA